AUGGAGAUAAAGGAGCAUCUGAAAGGUGUGGUUAACGAAUGGCAAGACUUUGCGAGCACUUUCAGAAAAAUGCACCACGAAAUGGUUACGCGAAAGUACAAGGGACGUAGCCUGUGUCAGACAUGGCGUCCGUGCCUGCGUCAGAUAAAGGGCCGCAUUAAAGCUGAAAUCAGUCAACUCCCUGAGCACUGGAGACAAGUCCCCGACAUCCAUCGACCUGCCAUUGCAGAUUGCAUAGAAAGGGUUGAGGUUGCUUGGAAGACAAAACCCAAAUGGCCCACAGAGCUCAAAACUCUUUGA